AAACGUCGGGAUGCUGCUGCCGCGAAUCUCUUUCGACUCGGGGACAGUUUCGACUUCAGUUCAUCCCAAAGCACUCGGUUAAGAGGAGAGGAUCCCCGGAGAUCAACCGUUUAUUUUCAUCAGUUUGUGCCGUUCCUGGGAUUUCAAUUCGCGCAUCAUGCUGAUGUUCAAGGUAAUGGUGUGUUUCCUGGCAUUGUUCAGGACCGAAGACUGCGUCGGCGGUUUGCCCAGUGCAGACAGGGACCCUUCUGAGCAUCAGAGGGCCGCCUCUAAUCAGGCAGUCGCUAACGAACCGGGAAUCGAGCCGACGGGGCGGCUGGACGAUUACGGGAACUGCAGUCACAAAGAAGCCGCAGCAGAGGUUCAGCAGGAUCGUUUCGAGCUGGGUGAUUCACCGCGUCACGAGUUUCUGCGCAUGGUUCCUGCGACGGCCCAAAAACACGAGCGCAACUCCAGCAGCCCCGAAAUUGAACCGAAGAAACGGUUCUCCAGCGUCUACUCGCAGGACGUACUGGAAGAGAGAGUCUCCAGGGAAAAAACCGAGUUCAAAAACGAUCUCUCCGCCUACCUUGCCGGUGUCAUCGACUCCGUGGUCAGUGGCCGAGGUGCGAAACCGGAGGUGGAACCGGAAGAACGGGACGCGAAGAAGGUGUCCCGAAAACGGGAACUCAAACAGAUGGAUACGUACGCGGAGGCAAAGGACCUCGACGUACUCGCGGACCGGAUGGACGUUGACCUGGAACCGGAAAACCGUCAGCGAAAGAGCGUCGAGGUUGUGGUCAAGACCAGACAUCAGCAGUCGACGAACAUGCCACCAGCGACGAGGUCGCGGAGCGUCGUUUACAAGAAACGGAGCUCGAGGGGAGAGGGAAAUAAAGGGGUGAGAAGGAACGGGGGGCGAGUUGCGGAACGUAGGGAUUAUUCUGUGGAUCCGGUGCGGUUCGCGGUGCUGAAUCCGGUCCAGAUAAACGCGGCUGCAGCUUAUGGAAGACGACCGCAGUCGGUGCAACUCGACUUGUCGCAAGCUCUGGGCGAUUUGGAACCGUUUCAGCUGCAGGCGCUGAGAGGAUUCUUCGACAAGGUGCCGCCACCCUCGGCCAACUUCAAACCCAUCGCUCCGAAACAGGUCGCCUAUGCGCCACCAAGGAUAGUCUACGAGACGAAGAUCCUGCCGAUGCCGUUUGGAUCGAUCGAUGAAGAACGGAAGACCGUCGAGGCGCUCAACGCGCUGCUGGGACAGAGCCCGAAGCAGCAGCUCGAGGGCCUGAACCUUAUCCUGAACAAGGAUCAGCCUGUGAACCACCCGCAGCAGGAACUUCAGGACGCCUUGGACCUCGGACAGGCCUUUGUAACACCGAUUCCGUCCGCUGAUGUGAAUUCCGGACUCGCUGAGAGUGGCUUAGGGUUCCCGAAUGGUGGUCUGGACUUCGGCGAAGCCGGAGAGGCGAUCUUUGACCUUGGGACUCAGCAGAACCCCGGAACUCCUGGACCCGAAUUCACGACACCAAGAUCAGAGCCUCAUCAGGAUCGCUUUAAGGAUAUUCCCGUCAUUCAGGAACAUCGGGAACAGCUGACGGUCUUUCGGAAGGAACACCAACAACCGGAGAAGCAGGGAGGUGGGAUCCUCAGGGAGGGGUAUCAGGUUCGGGAGCGGGAAGAGAGUGGAGAGGAUACCAAUAGCGGGGUCGGCUACGCGGCCAAGUACAACUUCGGAUACCACGUGAACGACUACAAAAGUGGUAACGACUUCGGUCACGAAGAAGCUCGCGAUGGCCUCGUUACUAAUGGACGUUAUUGCGUCCUUCUACCCGACGGAAGGGUGCAGAACGUCAAAUAUCGCGUGGAUGAGAACGGUUAUCACGCCAAGGUGUCCUACGAGCUGACUCGUUCAACAUAAGGAUCGUCCUCGACGAUUCAGUUGUCCUGAGUAACGAUCUUCCUGAAGUAGAGACGAGCCAAGGAUCGGAGCUGAGGUGACAAUAGCUGCAAGCUUUGAUCCUUAGCUCCGUAAUUUCGGGGGGCUCAAGUUUCAGGGAUAGGAGAUAAAAGAGCCAAAGCUUUCCUUAAUUGAGAGCCAUGAUCGAACAAAUGGACGAUGAAUCUAAGAAGGAAGGUAUCCCAGGUCAAUUUCUUUCGUAAUAUGUUAUAAUAGAGUAAAAACUAAGCGACAUAUAUAUUUUCUUUUAUCUGCUAUGAAACACUUUAAAGGGGUGAAACCACCAUCCACACUAAGACAUGUCAAGGGUUGGUUUCCCAGGUUUUUUGUCAAUUGAGAAAAUGACGCUCUUCCAGUUGGAUUAGUUAAAAAAUGUUAUGUUCUAGUGGGUGAAACUGCCAAAUCGCCCGUUGACAUCCCUUACUUUGGAGGGGGGUUUCAUCCUCCUAAAUUGAAAUAUGUAAGAUAAAAAAAAGUAUGCGUCGCUUAGUUUUGAGUCUGCUAUAACAUGUCACAAAAGAAAUCAAAUCAGUGAGAGAGAGAGAGACAGAUCGACGUGGUAUACCUUCCUUGUAAGAUUAUGAAAAGUCACGAGAGGUGCAAAACAUGUCUACUCGCAGUUAGCGAGGAUCUGAAGAUCCCCUUGAGGAGAGUGAAAAGACGGAAGAUUUUGCACCCUGAAAUUACGUUGUGAUAGUUGGUGAGGGUGAAAGCCGGUUAGCACAGUUACAUAAAGUUGAUACCUGGACACAUCAUGAGGCACGAAACUGUGCAGCGAAGUGCAAAAAGUAGUCAGGAGCCAAGUAUACACGUAUAUGGAAUAAUUGAAGUUCAACUUUGUUCGUUACUUACUAUUAUUAGUUAAGUAGGUUUCCCUAUUCCGUUCCCUCUCGCCCCCCCCCCCCCCCUCCCCCCUCCCAGAUUCCCCAUCAGUUUGUCUAAGCUGCAGGCUCUCAAAGUUAUUCAAUUUGUAAACUGUGGACUGGCAUUCAAAAGUUUUAAUUGCAGGGUAUAUAAUUCGCGAGAAGAAGCAGCGGCUGAUCUUACGCGUGCCAAUUUUAUUCCCUCAUUCCCUUGCGCGGUCCCUCCUCCCCCUUCUCCGUCUUUCUUUCUUUCGGUACAGUUCACCCCUCCAAGAUUCUUUAAUUUUCCUCGAGAAUUAGAAGAGCAGGAAACAAUGCCGAGGCUUGACCCCCCAACCCCUCCAAGUACUUGCGAAUUUAACCGCUGGAGAAUAUUAUCAUAUCCUUGAGACAGUUAAUUUGUACAGAACAAUUUUUAUUUAUGAAAAUGCUACCGUACCUUAUAUCGCAUACUCUAAUCCGCGUAUGCGCCUUAAUAUCUUUAUUUAUGUAACAUGUAUGCAUGUAUGUAUGUAUGUAUUAUUAUUUACUUACUAUUCAGAGAUCUCAGUUGAUCGAUUUUACUUUCCCUUUUUUUUUUUCUUCUUUGUGAUUGACGAAUUUCUUCGCAUCGUCCAGAUCACAAGUGCAUCGGAUCAUUUGACUCGGGAUAAUCAUUAUAACAUUACGCACUAUUCGAGCAUUGGAAUAAUUCACAGCUGAUUAGAAAAAUUUUAACAAUUAACUAAAUUCAUACAAAGUGUAAAGUGAGAUUCUGAAAACCGUGUGAAUCUUAUUGAAAUUUGCACGAACAAUUUUUAACAGCGUGAAAAGCUCUGAACUUUAUUAUAGUAGUACCUAGAUAUAUUAUUUACAUUUUAUUUUUAAACCCUUGAAAUAAAACAUGGUGCUUAUAUCGUAAACUCUAAAUUGUGAUU